UCCUGUUGAAGACUAUUUUAAUCUUUAGGGAUUAUUUUUAGUAGCAUUCUUGUUUUUGUGGAAUCUGCAGUUAAACGAUGCCCAUAAUUUUUCACAGCCUCGCAUGGCCAAUCAUUCUAGUCAGUAGGCAAACACAUCUUCAGCAGUGGAAGGCUUCAGCAUUAUCCCAUGUGCCAGGAAGAGAGUUUCCUCAAGUUCCUCUUUUCAGCAGGAGUUAAUCUUGACUUUGGACGAGGACCAGAAUCACAGCUAGACAGAGAAACCACACAGCAGUCAAGAAAACCCUAUUUUCCUGGAAAGGGAGCCUGGUGAAAGACAGAAGACGUGAUUCCUGCAGCCUCAGACAGGUUUUUUGACUAGAGAAGGACCAUCUGAUUUCUUAUUCCUCCUACUCUGUAAGGUUCCAUUACAUCAUGAAGGUUAAUCUCACUACUCUGGGUCUUUCCAAUGCAUCCCUGCUACCAUCCUUGGAAACCAAGCCUGACGUGAGCAGGCUUAUGGACAUGCUUCAGGUCUUCUUCUAUGGAGUUCUUUUUCUACUUGGUUCCCUUGGCAAUGGAGCUGUGAUCUGGGUCACAGUCCGCCAGGCUUCACGGACCAUCAGCUGUGUCUGGUUCUUCAACUUAGCUCUGGCUGACUUUCUGUUCUCAGUCACCCGGAUUGUGCCCCUCCUGAAGAAUGCUUUUGAUACAGGUUGGCCCUUUGGAAGUUUCCUAUGCAAAGCCAACAGCUUCAUCAAGUAUCUCAACAUGUUCUGCAGUGUCUUCCUCUUAGCUGCCAUCAGCAUAGACCGGGCAGCUUCUGUAGCCUACCCAAUAUGGUCCAAAAGGCACCGUGAUAGUCGUUUGGCAUGGAUUGGUGCCAUUGGCACUUGGUUCCUGGCCAUUGCCACAAGCCUUCCUUUCUACUUCUACCGUGGCAUAAAAAUCGAUAAGACUAACAAGACUAAGUGCUCCUUUGCACUGGAGGGAAAUGAAACAGCAAAACUAGUCAUAUAUAUGCUGAGACUGAUAUGUGGGUUCUUGGCUCCUUUCAUCAUCAUCGUGAUCUGCUAUGGCAUCAUCACUGCGAUCCUGAGGAGACGACGGACUUCUCUCCGAUCCAAGAGGCCCUUCAAGGUCAUACUGGUUCUUGUGGUCACGUUCUUCCUUUGUUGGGCACCAUAUCACAUCUUCCUCCUCCUGAAAUUGGCAGAAGUGAGUGGCACAGCCAUUUCUAUUGGCUUCCCCCUCUCUUCCUUCCUGGCCUACCUCAACAGUUGUGCCAACCCCAUCCUUUACUUUUUCAUGGGCAUGGACUUCCACAGAAAGCUGACGCUUUUCAACAUAAGCGCUGCAUUUAGGAGAAUCUUGCUCGAAGACAGUGGCGCCUCACUUAGAAGACCGAGCAGAUACAAGAUGGAAACGGUCUCUUCCAUUGAGGAGGUGGGUCAGUCUUCAGUGGUGUAUCAGGUGCACUGUAAAAACUCAGCACUUCGAAGUUCAGCUUAGGAAGCCCAUGUGGCUCAGGAACUCAUGUGUGACAGGUGAAGAGGCCUUGUAGUCCAGCACAUCAGGAAGACAGCAGUCUGAUGGAGGCUGGAUCAGUCACACCCAUUGCCAGAGAAAUACGAGGUUUCCUUUUCUGCUUUCAUCCCACCCAACUCCACCACUGAUAUUUUCUGGACAUUUUGAAACUACAAAUAUUUGUAUGUGAGAAAGGAGUUUUUUCUUCCAUCAUGAACUGUGAAAGAUUGGAUGGUUUGCUCUAUAUUCCUCCAAUACGUUAUUUUUCUUUGAAGUCGAUGGAUAGGUAUAAACUUCUGGCUAGAUUUGUACAACUGUUUCUUUGAAAAGCUUAUUCAACUGACUCUGAUGUUAGCAGCUCUGUCUGAGGUGCCUUCUAAUUUUAACCAAAGCAUAAGCCAUUGUGUAGCAUUCUAAAAUCAAUGCUAAGGAAGCAUAAAAAUCGGUUGGAUUUGUUUUAAAUAAAGGGAACGUGUCCUUUUAGCCUGCGUGCUGUGACUGUGUGAAGAGCUUUACUAUUUGCUAAUGCAGAAAACCACUUGUAGGAAAUCUGUUCCUUGUGUAGAAAAUAUAGAAGCUGUUUCUGGUGUAAUGCGCUCUGAAGGAUUUUCCGGUCGGGAUCUUGCUUGUUUUACAGUACAUUUCUACUCUUGUCUCUUAAUCAUAUGCAUCAUUCGCAGGUUAAAGAGCACACAUUGCAAAGGAGAUGGAAUGGUUUCUUUUUAGGCCUACCAAAAUGGUUGCAAAAUUCAUUCAGUUACUAGAACUCCUUCUCGAAAGGUCCAAUAUUGUUCUCCCAGGAAUUCUGCAGCCAUCUUUUGCAACAUUUCCCACCGCUCAGAAGAGUUUCUUCCCUUAACUUGAUGGCCCAGGUUGCCCCCUUAAUCCAAAUUUCAUGAGGUCAGUCCUGAGACAUCGUGCUACCUCAGUGACCAUGUUUUUAGCCUUUCAUUUGUUGUGGAAUUUUUGCCCAAGAUAGGACCACAACGCUGAG